AUGCCACGUUAUCAAGCAGAGUUCGAAACAUGGUACUUGGGUCCUUGGGAAGAUGUUCUUUUGAUCAGAAAAUCAAUGGUAGAUCUUAUUGCAAAGCCAAUAUUGACUGAGGUGACUCCACUGAAUCUCGAUGACCUUCUGCCCAUUUUCCGAGCAUCAUACCCUUAUUUUCCAGAUGCAUCGACGAUGAGAACGCACUCUGACUAG